AUGGCUGACCAGCUGACUCCUGAACAGAUUGCUGAAUUCAAGGAGGCCUUCUCCGUGUUUGACAAAGAUGGUGAUGGUACCAUUACAACUCAAGAACUGGGUACUGUUAUGAAAUCCUUGGGUCAAACCCCAACAGACAAAGAGUUACAGGAAAUGAUCAACGAAGUGGACUCAGAUGGAGAUGGAACAAUUGAUUUCAAUGAAUUCUUGAUCAUGAUGGCUAAGAAGAUGAAAGAUACAGAUGCAGAAGAAGAAAUUCGUGAAGCCUUCAGGGUGUUCGACAAGGAUGGUGAUGGGACAAUCAGUGCAAAUGAACUACGGCAGGUCAUGAAAAACCUUGGGGAGAAAUUAACCGAUGAAGAAAUUGAUGCAAUGAUUAGAGAGGCCGAUGCCGAUGGAGAUGGACAAGUCAAUUAUGAGGAGUUUGUCCAGAUGAUGACUACAAAAUGAAGCUCUUCUCAACCUUUUCUAUUUUGUCUGCACAGAAAGCAUUUAGUCGAAUUUCUAUUGGCUUUCUAAAAGGCAUUUUACACCAAUUUUGUUUUUCAUACCAUUCUUAGAGGAAGCACCAGUGUAAUUGUUUUACUUUUUAAACAAAUGGUACUUGUAAUGGUGAACAGUGUAGU